GUGUUCUCAUGACCUGCAGGGACUCUGUCCAUGGCUCAGAUCCUGCUUCUUCUGCUAUCAGCAGCAUGUCUGCACACUGGAAACUCAGCAGCACACAGCAGAGAAACUGUCUUUGGGAUGAACCAACCAGCUCUCCUCUCUGGAGUCGAGGGCGGCUCCAUCGAGAUUCCCUUCUCCUUCUACUUCCCCUGGGAGUUGGCCAAGGAUCCACAGAUGAGCAUAGCCUGGAGAUGGAAGGACUUUUUUGGAGAAUCCAUCUACAACUCCACCCUGCAUUUCAUACAUGAGCACUUCAAGGACCGACUCAUCCUGAACUGGACACAGGGUCAGACAUCCGGAGUCCUCAGAAUCCUGAAUUUGAAGGAGACUGACCAGACCACAUACUUCUGCCGAAUUUUUCUGCAAACAACAGAAGGCAUGAAGUUUUGGCAGUCUCUUCCUGGGACACAACUCACCGUGACCCGGGCACUCAGGACCACCAUGAGGAGCCCCUCCAUCAUCACCUCUGCAGUCACCACAGCAGGCCUGGAGGACACAGGGGGACAGAGGGAUCCUUCACUGCUGAUCCUGGGAGUCACGCUCUCAGUCAAGGCUGUAGCCAUGAUCCCCAUCUACGGCUGGAUGAUCUUCCUGUGGUGGAAGCAAAGGUAA